AAGACACAAUUUUAUGCUACACGGUGUUGUCACGUAGAUUGCGGUUGGUAGAGUUUGCAGGGACGCAGAGAGGCUAGAGACUUUGGCUGUCUGCACUCUCUCCUCGCCUUCUCACCAUGUGGCCGCGAGAUAUAUUGAUGGCCGAGUUUUCUCCAUUCAUAAUGAAACAAGUCCCCCGGAUGGCCAGAAAUGGUUUUUAUAACUUUGUUUAAUGGACUGUUCACAUUUCUCUAUCAUUUUAUUUUUUGCUCGCUGAGCAUUUCUGAUCUUUUGAUGAUGUACUUUUUUACUUCCUUCGUCAUUCCCACCCUGAACGAUAAACUAAUUUCCCUUUCGAUUAAUGCUUUUUCUUUUCCAAAAUUGCACUUUUAUCAUUUUCAAAGAAGAAAAAGAGAUGGCAUGACAAUUGUCAGAUGA